CGAAUAUUUUUUCUGCACUACUAAAAAUAUAAUAAAAAAAUAUGAAAAUAGAAAUAAUAAUAACAUAAAGAAAAAGAACAAAUUCCGUUGCUUCGAUUUCUGCAUCAAUUCAUCAUCGUCGUCGUCGUAUUGUAUCCGUGAUAAUGGAUGGACCAAUCCAAGAGGGUAGUAGCGUGGAUUCGUUCUUGCGGAACUAUAAGCUCGGAAAGACACUUGGAAUCGGGUCGUUUGGUAAAGUUAAAAUUGCCGAACAUACGUUGACGGGUCACAAAGUUGCUGUGAAGAUCCUGAACCGCAAGAAAAUAAAGAAUAUGGAUAUGGAAGAGAAAGUUAGAAGAGAAAUCAAGAUUUUGAGACUGUUUAUGCAUCCCCAUAUAAUUCGUCUAUACGAGGUUGUAGAGACGCAUUCCGAUAUAUACGUCGUAAUGGAAUACGUCAAAGCCGGUGAAUUGUUCGAUUACAUUGUGGAGAAGGGCAGGUUGCACGAGGAGGAAGCCCGUGUCUUUUUUCAGCAGAUAAUCUCGGGAGUGGAGUAUUGCCAUAGGAAUAUGGUGGUACAUAGAGACCUAAAACCCGAGAACUUGCUUUUGGAUUCUAAAUGCAAUGUAAAAAUUGCUGAUUUCGGUUUGAGUAAUAUAAUGCGUGACGGCCAUUUCUUGAAGACAAGUUGUGGAAGCCCCAAUUAUGCUGCUCCGGAAGUUAUAUCCGGUAAACUAUACGCGGGACCCGAAGUGGACGUAUGGAGCUGUGGUGUUAUACUCUACGCACUUCUUUGUGGGACCCUUCCGUUUGACGAUGAAAACAUUCCUAACCUUUUCAAGAAAAUCAAGGGUGGAAUAUAUACGCUCCCCAGCCAUUUAUCUGGUGGUGCUCGGGAUUUAAUUCCGAGAAUGCUUAUAGUUGAUCCUAUGAAACGAAUGACAAUACCCGAAAUCCGUGCACACCCUUGGUUUCAAGCUCAUUUGCCGCGCUAUUUGGCUGUGCCGCCACCUGAUACAGUGCAGCAAGCUAAAAAGAUCGAUGAAGAGGUUCUUCAGGAAGUGCUUAGGAAGGGAUUCGACAGGAAUAUGCUCGUUGAUUCUAUUCGGAACAGGCUUCAAAACGAGGGUACUGUUACGUACUAUUUGCUGCUCGACAAUCGGUUUCGUCUUUCCAGUGGCUACCUUGGAUCCGAAUUCCAGGAGACUUUGGAAUUCGACUAUAGUAAUAGCAUGAAUCAAAGUCAAUCUGUAGCAUCUCCCGUUGGUCAACGAACUCCUGGAGCCGUUGAUUAUCAACAAUUUGGAGUGAGGCAGUUUCCAGUCGAUAAAAAAUGGGCACUUGGACUCCAGUUCCUUGAUAGAUUUUCUUAG